AUGAGUUUGGAUUUAUGUCACAGAAUCGGUAAAAAUAGAGAUAUUCUUCGUCACUGUCUUCACAUCCCAAUGGGGUAUAUAUUAUGCGAUCAAUCAAUAGUGGAGCAGAAGUGCAAUCCUUUUUGGUUUAAUUUUCGGCAAUUUAUUACCAAAGUAAAAUUAAAACACAAAACAACUGACGAAUCAUCAGACGAUUAUCGGCUACUAAUGGCUCUAUAUAUUGAUUGCAAUCAACUGAUGGAUGAUUUGCAACCACAACAGCAUUGGUUUGAUAUGAAUUCGUUGAAUAAAAUGCAUCAAUUCAUAGACCAGUCGGAGGAACAAGUGGUCAGACGUAAAAAGACCCGAAAAAAUCGUUUCAGCGGUGUUUUGACCAAAUGAUACACUCUUUGUGCUAAAAAUGUUGUAAAUUUCAU